AUGUCCGGUCUUACAAAUACAUCAUUAGUUGCCGCAUUUGAAAAACAUAAGUUUUUAUAUCCAACAAUAAUAAUUUCAUUAUUUGGCAUAGAAGGAGCACUACUUCUUAGUGGUUCUGGUAAAACAUUUACAAUGGGAACAUCAAAUGGCCAUUUAAAAAAUUUGGAUGAUGAAACUCUUGGACUGAUUCCUCAGUCAAUUAUUUCUAUUUUUAAUGAAAUAAAAAAUAGGAAAAAUGAGGCAAAAGAAAAAGAAUUAUCAGUUUCAUCAUUUCAAGUAUCAGUUUCAUUUUUGGAGCUUUACAAUGAUGAAAUAAAUGAUUUACUUUUAUCAGAUAAAUCAUCAUCUUCAAAUGAAAAAUUGAAAAUUACUAGAAAUAAAGAGGGGAAAAUUGAGGUUAAUGGACCUUUAAAGAAGAAUGUUGAAGAUGCUCCAACUGCCUUUAAAAUUUUCAAUUCUGGAAUUAAUAAAAGGUGUGUUGGAGCAACUGACUUAAAUGUUGAAUCUUCACGAUCUCACAUAAUAUUUUCCCUCUAUUUAACUCAAAUAAAUGAAAAAAUGGGAUUGAAAGAUGGUGUUACUGAAGUAUUAACUUCAAAAUUCAAUUUUGUCGAUCUGGCUGGUACAGAAAGACUUAAAAGAACAAAUGCUGAAGGAAAUACAGCAAAAGAAGGCAAAAAUAUCAAUAAUUGCCUAUUGCAUCUGGAAAAUGUUAUCUCUGCACUUUCUUGCAAAGAUCAACAUAUUCCCUAUAGAAACUCAAAAUUAACGCAUCUGCUACAGGAUUCAUUAGGUGGAAAUUCAAAAACACUAAUGAUUGCGUGUAUUUCUCCAAGUAACGAAGAUUUAUGUGAAACCAUAUCAACAUUAAAUUAUGCAAGUAGAGCAUAA